AUCGGAAGCGCAAUUUUCAAACUGUGGCCGAAGCGGAGAGGCUGUGUAAGUAACGCUCCGCACGCGAGCAGGCGGCAUCUGUGAUCGGGAUCGGAAGGUGAGACCCGGGGGUAGGAAACAGCCGAGGCCUGCGCUUGCUGAGGGGGUCACAUCGGAGCGGCGAUGGCUACCCAAACGUCCACCAUGUCCAGUAAGAAAGACGACAAAGGGAAAAACAUCCAGGUUGUGGUGAGAUGCAGACCCUUCAACUUAAUGGAGCGGAAGGCGAGCUCUCACUCCGUGCUGGAGUGCGAGCCUCAGAGGAGAGAGGUGUCUGUCCGGACGGGGGGAAUUAACGACAAACUGGGGAAGAAGAACUAUACGUUUGACAUGGUCUUUGGCCCGGCCGCUAAACAAAUCGAAGUUUACCGGAGCGUCGUCUGCCCUAUCUUGGACGAGGUCAUCUUGGGCUACAACUGCACCGUCUUUGCGUACGGGCAGACCGGCACCGGGAAAACCUUUACUAUGGAGGGGGAGAGAUCACCAGAUGGAGAGUUUACCUGGGAACAGGAUCCUCUCGCUGGGAUAAUCCCCCGGACUCUGCAUCAAAUCUUCGAGAAGCUGUCCGAGAACGGCACGGAGUUUUCCGUAAAGGUCUCCUUGCUGGAGAUUUACAACGAAGAGCUGUUUGAUCUGCUGAGCCCGUCUCCUGAUGUUGGCGAGAGGCUGCAAAUGUUUGAUGACCCUCGGAAUAAGAGAGGAGUUAUUAUCAAAGGUCUGGAGGAGGUUACCGUCCACAACAAGGAUGAGGUUUAUCACAUCUUAGAAAGAGGAGCCGCCAAGCGGACAACCGCGUCGACCCUGAUGAACGCGUAUUCCAGCCGUUCUCACUCUGUAUUUUCCGUCACAAUCCACAUGAAGGAGACGACAGUGGAUGGUGAAGAGCUUGUUAAGAUCGGAAAGCUGAAUUUGGUUGAUUUGGCCGGCAGUGAAAACAUCGGCCGUUCCGGAGCUGUAGACAAGAGAGCCCGCGAGGCUGGAAACAUCAACCAGUCCCUGCUGACUUUGGGCAGGGUGAUCACCGCUCUGGUGGAGAGAGCGCCGCAUAUUCCAUACCGAGAAUCCAAACUCACGAGGAUCCUACAGGACUCUCUUGGAGGCAGAACGAAAACCUCCAUCAUUGCCACGGUUUCUCCAGCGUCCAUCAACCUAGAGGAGACCGUGAGCACUCUGGAAUAUGCCCACAGAGCGAAGAAUAUAAUGAAUAAGCCCGAAGUUAAUCAGAAACUGACCAAGCGGGCACUGAUUAAGGAGUACACAGAAGAGAUCGAACGGCUGAAGAAAGACUUGGCUGCGGCCAGGGAAAAGAACGGGGUCUAUCUCUCAAUGGAAAACUACGAACAAAUGCAGGGGAAACUCUCGUGCCAAGAAGAGCAGAUUACGGAAUUCACAGACAAAAUCGCAGCUAUGGAAGAGGAGCUGAAGAGAGUAACGGAGCUCUUUGCAGACAGUAAGAAGGAGCUGGAAGAGUACACCACGGCUCUGCAGCAUAAAGAGAAGGCGCUCGACGAAACUAACCGCAACCUGCAAGAGUCCAAGCUGCAGCUGGCGCGGGAGGCGUUCGUGGUGUCCGUCCUCGAGAACACGGAGAAGGAGCUGCACAGCAAAGCGAAUAAGUUACUGAGCACGGUUCAAGAAACAACCAGAGAUGUGUCUGGUCUGCACGAGAAGCUGGAUCGCAAGAAGGCCGUGGACCAGCACAAUGCCCAGGUCCACCAAACGUUUGCCGACCAGAUGGAUAAAAUGUUCAACGGGAUCCAAAAGUCCGUGGAUGAGUUUAGCGUCAAGCAGCAGGACAUGCUGGACUUCUACUCCUCCACUAUCAAUGGCCUCCUCUCUGCUAGCUCGGCUGCUUUAAAACUCACGAGCUCAACCGUGGCUUCGUCCUUCUCUUCUGUCCAAGAAACUGUAUCGAAGCAGGUGGCGCUGAGCAUAGAGGAAAUAUCAAAGCAGGAAUCCCUUUCCACCCAAGCCAAAGAGGACUUGGAGCAGCUGAUGGCUGAUCAUCGGUCCAGACUGGAAAAGGCUUUGAAGACCGAACUGCUGCCUAUGGUGGCCUCCGUUUUAGACAUAAAUUCUCACUUGAGCCGCUGCUUGCAGAAUUUUUCAGCUGUAGCUGACCAGGUUGAUUCUCACAAGCAAGAAAUGAGUUCCUUUUUCACCGAACACUCCAUGAUGCUUCACAAACUGAGGUUGGACUCCACCACGGCGCUGUCCAGCCUUCACGCCGAGUCCGAGAGCAUGAAAGCCGAGUUACAGACGGCGCAGUCUCGCCACUCGGAGGGAGUGAAUAAGCUCGUUGCGUCUUUACAAAACCAGUUAAAUCUAUUUGCCAUGGAAACCAAUCAGGACUUCUCUGGGCUUCUGGCAAAAAGUGGGAAGCUGCAGAACUCCGUCGGAGCCUUGCGUGAAGAUCUGGAUGGGCUCUCUGUGGAGGUUAUUGAACGCACGUCGUCUCAUCGUGAUAAGUUUGUGGGGCAGUCUGAAGGCAUCUCGGCAGAGAUCAGGACGCUGGCCGAUUCCAACGCGGGGGCCGUGCAGGAAUCCUCCCGGCAUUGUGAAAAGCUCGCCGGCAGCAUCACGGAUAUAUCCCAGGACACAGAGCGGUGGUGUGACAGCGCCGGUAAUAAACUGGUCUCGCUCGGCCAGCAGCAUGUGUGUUACCUACAAGCCAGCAAAGCGCAAGCCCAGAGCUUACAGAAGGACGUGGAGGAGCGUUGCGGUUCAUCGGUGUUGGCGAUCACUGAACUGAUGGGCAAGCAGCACGCUGCGGAGGAGAAGGAGCUGGCUGGCGUGGUGGAGAAGGUCGAUGGCGACAAGGAGAUGCUUGGAGACCAGAAACUGGAUCUCCAUGAGCAGGCGCAGAGCGGGCUCAAUAAAGUCUACUCCUACCUCCAGGAAGAACUUCGAAGCGAUGUCCCAACAGGUACAACUCCUCAGAGGAGGAUGUAUUCUUAUCCAUCUUCACUCGUGAAGACCAAGCCAAGAGACGUACUCCUGGAGCAGUUUAGGAGGAAUCAGCACGAGCUAGAGGACGUCAUGGGCUCCAUAGCUCCUGUUAUGGAGGAACAGGUGGAUCAGGAUUCGCUGGAGGACGAGCCGGUUAUUAUAGAUGACAGCAUGAUCAGUGAAAAAUCGAGCGUCGACCUCAAUGUUACCUGCCAAGAAAAUGGCGGCGUUCCGUUUUUCCAGCAAAAGAAAUCUCUUAAAAAAGAAAAGGAAAACAAGUCAAAUUCAAGCAUUUUGGAAAGAACAAAAAUUGUUGAAGACGGAGGAGAAUCUCUUCCCAGAUCUAAACUCCCGCUGAGGGUCCAGAAUUGACCCCCAUCGCCCGCGCCUUCUGUAUAAUACUCCGUGGAUUCAUUUGCUGGAUGGAGCCGUCUGUCUGAAGUCUUUUUUACAAUUUUAAAUUCUUUUUUGUAUAUGGGUGUAUGUUACGUGUGUGACUAUUUUAACCGUGCGCGUUUUUACAUAUUUUCAUGUUCUUUCGUUUCAAAAAUGUUGUCUGCCUGAUUCUCAAAAGUCACAAAAAAAAAACUUUGUACAUAACGCACAUCUGAUUUCAUGGUCCUUUAAACAGAAUUGUGUGACAAAUGUAUUGAUUUAUCGUUAAUGCUGAAUAAAUAUGCUAUGCAUAAAAC